ACAGGAAACCAGCAAUGAAAACAAAUACUUAACCCAUUUUGUUGGUUGACUGAGGGAUAAAUGUUGGCCAGGACACUGGUAGAGAAUUUUGAAUAAUGCCAUGGAACCUUUUACACCAACCUGAAAGGGCAGAGACAGCUCACGAGCGGUUCACAUUCAACAGAUAUCUGUACAAAGACCUCUACAAAUUUUUGACUGCAGUUUCUUUUCAAUCGCUGGCAAGCCAACACAUGGCAGUCGUGCAUGUAUACUUACUAUCAAUGUUAAAGACUGGCAAAAUCCUGGUACUGCUAUUAGUGUCUGUAUAUUUCAUGCAAUUUGUGAUUAACUGUUAUGUCAGCCAAGUGAUCUGGCCAGUGAAAAACUACAUAAAGGUUCAAGAGUCUCUAGUCGUGUUGGUUUGGCAUUGGCCAUUUCGUGCAGACUUCACUCCGAGAGAAGACAUUUGCCUGGAGUUAUAUGCGAUUGACAAUUGUAUUCUCACGCGCAACAGGUCCAUGUUUGAUCGUGCAGAUGUCGUCGUGUUCCACCAUAGGGAGCUUCAGGUCAAAAGCUCCAACCUGCCAAAGCGGACAAGACCUCCCAACCAGAAGUGGCUCUGGGUAUCUUUGGAGUCACCAACUAACACAAAAAGGAUUCAUCAGCUCAAUGGCUACUUCAACUGGACUAUGACCUACAGGACAGAUUCUGAUAUCUUCCUCCCUUAUGGGACACUCAUAGAAAGUGACCAACCAUCUAAUUUCACCAUCCCUAAGAAAUCUGGCAUUUCAACAUGGGUUGUUAGCAAUUACCGCAAAACUAGUCUGAGGGCAAAGGUGCAUGCCAACCUAUCCAAGCACAUGAAAAUAGACAUUUAUGGAAAAGCAGCCAGAAAAUUCCUCCCUGAUGAAAUGCUACUGCCAACCAUCUCUCACUAUGCCUUUUACCUGGCUUUUGAGAACUCCAUACACAAAGACUACAUCACAGAGAAGAUCUGGAGAAAUGCUUUCAUGGCAGGGUCUGUUCCCGUGGUGUUGGGGCCCCAGCGGGCUAACUAUGAACAGUUUGUCCCACCGGAUUCCUUCAUUCACGUGAAUGACUUUGCCUCCGAGAAAGAACUGACCAAUUUCCUUAUGGGUCUCUGGGAGAACAGCACUCAAUACGAGCAGUAUUUCAACUGGAGGAGAAAGUAUGUGGUCAAGGUUUCCACUGACUGGACAGAGAGGUUUUGUAACAUUUGCACUAAAUUUCAUAGCCUUCCUCAGCCAAAAGUAUAUCGUAAUUUACAUGCAUGGUUUCAUCAGUAGAGAUUUGUUUUUAAUCUACCUCAUAGAAUAAAAUUUUGUUCCUUUAAAUCAGUAGAUUUAUAUACUUAAUGCAAAAUUACUGUUGCUAUUCUGAAAUGUCACUAUUUUGAUAUUUUGCUUAAGCAGGAAUCUCUCAAGAUUGUCACUUUGGAGAGGGGGGAAAGGAGAUUUACUAGAUGUAUAGCAGGGCUGAGGGAUUUCAGUGAGUGGCAAAUUUGGGAUUGUUCUCCUUAGAGCAGAAAAGGUUACUGGGAGAUUUAAUAGAAGUGUUCAAAAUUAUAUGUGGCUUUGGUAGGAGUAGAUUGGGAGGAACAGUUUCAGUCAGCAGGAGGGUCAGUAACUAAAGGACACAGACCUAAGGUAAUUGACUAAAGAGCCAAUGGAGAUGAGGGGAAUGUUUUUUAUGCAGCGAAUCAUGAUGAUCUAGAAUGCACUGCUUGAAAGGGCGCUGGAAGCAGGUUCAACAGUGACUUUCAAAAGCGGAAAUGUCUGUUUAAAGACAAAAAUUACAGGACAGGGGAAAGAGCAGAUGGGACUAAUUGGAUAGCUCUCUCAAAGGGGCAGGCCAGUCAGAAUGGGCCAAAUGUCUUGUAAGAUUCUAUGAGUCUAACAAGAACCCCAUGUUUGGCAGUUAAACCAACAACUGCUGGAAUUUAUGCAGUGUUUUGGUCAGUGUUUGAAAGCUGGAGAUCCUUCCAGUGAAUUUGUAGAAACUGAUGCAAAUUAGAUGCCAGAUUGAGCACGUAGCAUUUAAAUGCGAUUGUCUGUAGUAAAUCAGCCAGGUUUCCCAACCUGGGCUACUAUCCAGUGAUCUUUCCUGAUAAGUGCUUGUGGUUGGACACUGAUCCUGAUCACACUGAGUUAUCACAUUACGCCCAAUUUCACGCCUGGCCAC